AUGGCAGCUUCCGAUCUUCCCAUCGCGCCGGCUGCUGAGACGCCACCAGCCUGGAGCCCAGGAGAGCAUAACUCUCGGCCUGUUGAAGGGCGAAAAGCUGAAAUUGUUGAAGAUGAGGAAGACGUUCUGCUGGAAAGCAUUGGAUAUAAACCAGUCCUUCAUAGAACAUACGGAAUAAUUGAAAACUUCUCAACGACCUUCGCGGCCCUAUACUUCGUGGGAGGGGUACGAGUGACCUUCAGUACUGGAAUUGCCGCUGGUGGGAACUUGGCAUAUUGGACGAGUUACCUGGUCACGUGUGUGUUCACAUUCAUCACUGCUGCCGUGAUUGCAGAGAUCUGUUCAUCACUACCGUCAGCGGGUUCAAUCUAUCUCUGGGCAGCAGAAGCCGGUGGCCCGAAGUAUGGUCGCCUAUUUGGUUUUGUCGUAGCUUGGUGGAGUACUACUGCUUGGACGACUUUUUGUGCUAGCAAUUCUCAAGCAGCUGUGAACUAUAUGCUAUCGGAAAUCACAGUCUUCAACCUGAACUUCCCUUCAGACGCUAGCAGCGUCAAGUUUCGAGCAGUGCAAUGGAUCUGCACCGAAAUUCUCCUCGCUCUCGCAGUACUUGUGAACUUCCUCCCCCCACGUCUAUUUCGCUACGUCUUCUACCUCUCAUCCUUCUUCGUCGUCCUCGAUUUCCUCCUCAAUAUUAUCUGGCUUCCCAUUGGCACGGCAAACACUUAUGGUUUCCGAACCGCUGAAGAAGCAUUCAUGACGACGUAUAACGGUACCGGAGCCCCUGCGGGAUGGAAUUGGUGUCUUUCGUACCUCGCGACUGCUGGAAUCCUGAUUGGGUUUGAUGCUUCAGGUCAUGUGGCUGAAGAGACGAAGAAUGCUAGCGUUACUGCUGCAAGAGGAAUUUUCUGGAGCACGAUUGUUAGCGGCAUUGGCGGAUUCUUUACUAUUAUUUUGUUCUUGUUCUGUGCUCCUGGCCCUGAUAUAUUGUUCUCGUUUGGAUCGCCGCAGCCUUUUGUCCCGCUCUACGCUGUUGUUCUGGGACAAGGAGGUCAUAUAUUCAUGAAUAUCAUAUGCAUCGUAGCAUUAUGGUUUAACACCGCGAUAGCUAUCGUCGCAGCUUCGAGACUCGUUUUCGCAGUGGCUCGAGAUGGCGUCCUCCCUUUCUCUUCCUGGGUUUCACAAGUCUCACGAGAAGGCCAACCACGAAACGCAGUCCUUGUCAUCUGGGGAGUUGCAGCUCUCGUCACCUGCACAAUUCUUCCAUCCGCCGUAGCCUUCACGUCCUUGAUCUCAGCAGCAGGCGUUCCAUCUGCAGCGGCAUAUGGAUUAAUCUGUCUAGGACGAUUCUUCUUUACUCCAAAAACCUUUCCAAAGCCUCGCUGGAAUCUCGGAAGAUUGAGCAAGCCGUUUCAAUUCAUUGGAAUUUUCUGGAAUGGCUGGGUCGUAGCUGUUCUAUUCUCGCCGUAUGAGUUCCCGGUCACUGGUGCCACCUUGAAUUAUGCCCCCGUAAUUAUGGCGGCUGUUACCAUCUUCGCCAUCGUCUCAUGGUGGCUGACCCCUGCAGACGCAUGGCUUUCAAAGAAGCACAUCGAGCAUAUUCUCGAGAAUCCAGGUGUUGAUGCAAGUGGGCAUGUGCAUAGAGAUGAGACCGUGGGACAAAAGACUGUGGGACAAGCUUGA